AAUUUCACCUGGAUAGUUUUUGUUCCUUUUUUUUUUCUCUAUUAAGGGGGUUAUUAUUUUUUUCCUUCUAUCGGACCAGUGGAACAGAGCAAACAGAGCAUAAAUGUAACGAAAUGUAUUUCCGUAGGUUUAUGUUAACUUUUUAUUGUAAUAACUUAUUUUAGAAGGGCAGUUUUUUCUUUCUUUUUUUUCAGGAGAAUUUUAGAGGGACAGUUGAAGCUGCAUAAAUGCUCCAAUAUCUUCAAAUUUGCUCUGUUAUAUCCGUUAUCAAAAACUAAAAGAGAACUUCCUUUCAGUGCUUGAUUUAGUAUCUUUUUGCAGAAUCGCCACUCGUAAGAUACAUUAGAAGAUUGUUGCAAUGAACUCUGUAAUGCUGAAUUCACAGCGCCAACCAUUUUCAAUUAAACUAUGGCCCCCGAGCCAAAACACACGACUGAUGCUUGUAGAACGAAUGACGAACAACCUCACUUCUGAAUCCAUUUUCACACAGAAGUAUGGUUGCUUGACCAAGGAAGAUGCUGAAGAGAAUGCAAAAAGGAUUGAAGAUGUAGCUUUUUCUACUGCUGAUACACACUAUGAAAGGGAGCCUGAUGGUGAUGGAGGUUCUGCAAUACAACUUUAUGCAAAAGAAUGCAGUAAACUUAUGUUAGAAGUCCUCAAGAGUGGAGCAGCAACCAAGGAUAGCAGAAAGGGACUGACAUCUGAGAAAGAAGCGGCUUCCCAGGAAACCUUUUUUGAUAUAUCUAAAGGCCAAAGGGCCUUUAUUGAGGCAGAGGAGGCUGAGGAUAUUCUUAGGCCAUUGAAGGAGCCUGGAAAUUGUUACACUAAGAUAUGCUUUAGUAAUCGAAGCUUUGGUUUAGGAGCUGCUCAUGUUGCUGAGCCCAUUUUGGCUUCCCUUAAGAGUCAAUUGAAAGAAGUUGACUUAUCAGAUUUUAUCGCUGGGAGACCAGAAGCAGAAGCUCUUGAAGUUAUGAAUAUAUUUUCAGCUGCUCUGGAAGGUAGUAUCCUGAAGUCACUUAACCUCUCAAAUAAUGCCUUGGGAGAAAAGGGUGUCAGAGCUUUUGAGGCACUCUUUAAAUCACAGUCUCUCCUGGAGGAGCUCUAUCUAAUGAAUGAUGGCAUUUCCGAGGAAGCUGCACGAGCAGUGUGUGAGUUGCUUCCUUCCACAGAGAAGCUUAAGGUCCUUCAAUUUCAUAACAACAUGACAGGAGACGAGGGGGCACUUUCUAUAUCUGAGGUUGUGAAGCAUUCACCCUUAUUGGAGAACUUCCGAUGCUCCUCUACAAGGAUAGCCUCAGAUGGAGGAAUUGCCUUAUCAGAAGCACUUGAGACUUGUACUCAUUUGAAAACACUUGACCUGCGAGAUAACAUGUUUGGUUUAGAAGCUGGAAUUGGGCUUAGUAAAGCUCUUUCUAAGCAUGCAGAUCUGACUGAGGUUUACCUGAGCUAUCUCAACUUGGAGGAUGAAGGUGCAAUUGCCAUAGCUAAGGCUCUGAAGGAAUCAGCACCGGCACUUCAAGUUUUUGAGAUGGCAGGAAAUGAUAUAACAGCUGAAGCUGCUCCUUCUAUAGCUGCUUGCAUAGGAGUAAAGCAGCAUCUUACCAAGUUGAACUUGGCUGAAAAUGAGCUCAAGGAUGAAGGUGCUAUCCAGAUUGCAAAGGCUUUGGAAGAAGGCCAUAUGGAGUUAAAGGAAGUUGAUAUGAGCUCCAACUUCAUAAGAAGGGCUGGGGCUCGGAUUUUUGCUCAGAUUGUUGUUCAAAAACAAGGGUUCAAAAAUUUGAACAUCAAUGGUAAUAUCAUUUCUGAGGAUGGAAUUGAUGAGCUGAAGGAAAUAUUUAAGAAUUUCCCUGAAAUGCUUGGGUCAUUGGAAGAUAAUGAUCCUGAAGGAAAUCUUGAGGAAGAAUCUGGAGAGGAUGAUGCUAAUGACGAUGAGUUGGAGUCUAGAAUGAAGAAUCUUGAAGUUAAUAGAGAGGAAUAAACUUUAUGUUGGUACAAAAAAAUCCCUUAGUCGGGGAUGAUGUCAGAUUUUUUUUUUUCUCAUAAUCUGUGUCCAUUUGCGGGCAUUAAUGUAGGAAUCAGGAGACAGUUAUAACAACAUUUUGGAUUGACUGCUCUGGAAUAUUACCAUGCAUGAGCAGGGAAGUGGCGGUUACUUCAGAUCUUAAAUUAUUAGAUCAGUUUAGAGGUCAAUUUCUUUACCUUUCUCAUUUUCUUAUAAGCUCCUGGCAAUAUGGCAAGUCAUGUAGUAGAUUAUUUUCAUAUUUGCCAAAGAUGGUAUCUUGCAUGAGACUGUACAAUACUCAGCGGAGCUAAUAUGAAUACUUUGUAUCUUUCUGGUCCGCGUCAAUGGUAGUAAUGAAUGGUAGUAUGAUUUUUCUUGGAUUUGCA